AUGGAAGAAUUAGUAGACAAACUACUAGCGGUCAAGCGAGCGUACGCUUUACCAACGUUGAAAGAAUUUGCAAGAUUCAUGGACGUUCUGGUAGCUGACGCUAGUGAAGUUACUGUCCUCUGUCCUGUCACAGCCGAAGAUGGAAAAGGAGGAAAGGCUCCUCGCAAACAGUUGGCCACCGAGGCUGCUCGUAAGAGCGCUCCACCAACUAGAGGAAUGAAGAAGCCUCAUCGAUACAGGCCAAGAACCGUUGCGCUGCGUGAGAUCUGCCGUUAUCAGAAGUCGACAGAGCUGUUAAUCCGCAAGUCCUUCCAGCACCUGGUCCGUGAAAUCGCUCAGGACUUUAAGACUAAUCUGCGCUUCCAAAACUCGGCAGUCAUGGCGCGGCAGGAAGCCAGCGAGGCAUACCUGGUCGCCCUGUUUGAGGAUACCAACUUUUGCUCCAUUCAUGCCAAGCGAGUCACGAUCAUGCGAAAGGAUAUUAAGGUGGUGCGUCCACCCUCAUCAGACAAGGACAAGUUGUUGGUAGCGUGCUUCGCCAAGGUGCAUAAUAAUCAAACGGAGAGCAACGAUGAUACUGAAUUGUAG